CCACCCAAACAAAAGUAGCAUUUCCUCUAUAUAUAUGCAUCCUUUUUCAUUUGCAGUUUGUAAAAAGAAGAGGAAAAUAAACUCAUGCAACUAUCUAUGAAAUAGAGAUGGCAUCAUCAACUGAACUCAGUCUUAACACUGAAGCUCUGGUGGAAAAAACACAGAAGCUGGAAGAAUUCGUAGCUUGUUUGGAGGAAGAAAAGCUCAAGAUUGAGGCUUUCAAGCGUGAGCUUCCACUUUGCAUGCAACUUCUCACAAACGCCACGGAGGCGUCGAGGCAGGAGCUGCAGGCGCAGAGGAUGAAGCAACUCUCUGCGGAUAAAUCGAACUGGAUGGCGUCUGCGACGCUGUGGAGCGAUCAAGUUGAGGGACGAAGAAUUCCGUCCCCGGAGUUAGGUCUUGCGCCGCCUGAUAACAAGGAGAAGAGAAAGGCGAGGAGGUGUUGGUCGCCGCACUUGCACAAGCGUUUCCUACAUGCGUUGCACAUGCUCGGUGGUUCACAACUGGCAACUCCCAAACAAAUCACGCAAUUAAUGAAGGUUGAGGGAUUAACUAGUGAUGAAGUUAAAAGCCAUUUGCAGAAGUACAGACUGCACGCAGGAAUCCAGGCUCCAAGCCCAAUGGUGGUCGUAGGUAACAUAUGGGUCCCACCAGAGUAUGCAGCCUACGGCGGAGCACCGCCGACCGCCUUCUAUGAACGUAGAAUUCUACCACCACCUUAAUAAUGAGACGUACAUUACCGUAUAGUUCAGACCCUUAUUUAUUUUAUUUUGAGAAAUGAGUAUUGUUAAUGACCAUUUAGUUGCUAGGAUUUGUGUUCGCGUAUCAAAGAUUUUCUUAAUAAGUUACCUUUAAGUUUGACUCUA